AUGUUGGGAAGCGAAAGUGGGGAUAAGGAAACUAUCCAAGUGACAUCGAGCUGUUGGCUAAGCAAACGAAAAAUAAACAACAUUAACAAAAAACAAGACAAUUCAAAUGAAGGAAAUGCAAUAACAAUUCCCAAUUUUAACAUAUGUCUGACGUCAAUAGCCUUACCAAUUAUAAAAUUGAAAAAUGAUUUAGAUCGUAUAAGUGAAAAUAAGCAAAUAAACAGACUAAGAGAAAAAAGCAUAAUGCAGAAGAAAAGAAUACGUGAUGUGAAUUAUCCCAAAAAAGAUGAAACAAAACAGAAUGAAUAUGUGACAAAUGAUGAUGAAAUAUGUUCCAUGCUGCUGAGAAGCAAAGCUUUUAAUGAAACCUGGAAACUUGUAAACACUUAUAUGAACUGCUUUAUAUAUAAUUAUGUUAACGAAAUGAUAGAUAAGCAAAUAAAUUUUCUGAAUAAAAAUCUUUGUCUCCUUGAUGAUAAGCUAUCCCUGCUUAUCGUACGAACGCAAACAUGUCCCUUCCUACAUUUGAUGCAAUAUAGGCUCAUUACACAAAAAGUUAAGCUUCUCAACAAUAUCACAAGCGGGACAUGUAAAGAGAAUAAUGAGGACUAUUCACACACCUUUACACGGAAAACAUUAGACAAUCGAAGAGUCACAUAUAUGCUUCUUCAAAAGAAAAGGGAGAUAGGAUCUUGCAUCAUCAAUGUACACACACAAGAUAAUGUAGAAAAUAUAAUUAUGAGAAUUAUAAAAAGAAUGAAUCGAAAAUAUUUUAUGAAAAUUGAUAAGAACAAUAUUAACGAAUUAUUUCAAAAAAUUGUAAAAAAGAAGAGAGGAGUACUUAUUAUAUUUUUGAAAAAUUAUAUAAAAUUAAAAACAUCCGUAUUUAGUGCUCUUUUACUUUAUUUGCUACAUUUGAAAGAAAUUAACUCCAUAAAUAUAAGUGUCAUUAUUACUAGCAAUUGUAUACUCUCAGCAUUAACUAAUUUGGAUUAUUUUGUAAAACAAAAUGUGCAUGUAAAUAUAUGCAAUUUGUAUGUAAAUUAUUACAACUUGAUUGAAAAUAUUAUUUUCAAUCCACUUUUUAACAAUGUCUUGUUUAAAUUAAAAGAGUAUUAUUCAAUUGUUGAUCAGCUCUUUUAUUUAAACCAUGAUAUUAGUUUCCUCAAAAUCAAGUACUUUUUUUACAUGUUCCUACGAGAUUUUUAUGAUAAAAAAAUACUUUCAUUUCUCAAUGUGCCUUUAACCUAUUUCUGUGAAAUCCGUUAUGAGGGGAAAAUUCAAGACCAGCAAUGUCCAGAGGGAGGGACGAAAUACACCAUGCCUUUUACCACAUUUAAGAAAGAACUACUUGAUUGUUUAAAUUUGAUCAAUGUACACGACAUUCGAAACAAAUUUAUUUUACUUCUCUAUGGAAGUAAUUUUUAUGAUUCACAUAUUGAUCAUUUGAAAUCCAAAGGAAAGCAUCAUACAAUCUAUCAUAUUAGUGAUUUUCCUAUGGGAGGACGCUGUGUCCGUGGGAAAUCCACAGAGAGGGGGAAAAAUAUCCCUGUACAGGUGAUUGAUACUAAGACAAACAAAGAAAGAAACACAUCCCUUUCACAUGAGCAAAGUAAAACUAAAUAUGGAAAUCGAAAUAACGAGGAAAUUAAUCCACAGCUCGAUGGCAAAAAUGCUAUCCAACAAGUUGACAUGAUGAAAAGAAAGAACGAAAGACCGCGGAAUAACGAGCAAAAUGAUCAGAUUAAGGUAAAUAUCCAUUCAGAAGAAAAGGAGAAAAUUUCAAAAAAAAGAAAAAGAAAAAAUGAAUUUUUUUACAAUUGUAUAAGGUACCUUAAUUUUGCGAAAAAUGAAGAGAAGAAAAUGUGCUUCAUGGAAGAAGAAAACUACACUUCGAGCAAUCUAAUUGGAAGUGGUGAAGAAAACGAUACGUGUGUGCAGAAUUAUCAAGACACUUGUGUAGAUCAUGAAAAUUGCAAAAGUGAUUUACCAAAUGAUGUGAUGAGGGAAACAUUCAUGCAUGAACUAAUUCAUUUGAUGCAAAAAGACACGAUAAGGAAAAGACUAAAAUCAAGCGAAAAUUUCAGAAAUUUUUAUUUUCAAAAUUAUACAUUACACAACUUGACGGAAGGUUUAUCACCAAUGAACAGAACAAUGAACAGAAAUUUCACAGAAGAUUGCAAUUGCUUAAAGCAAUACAUUAUAAACUACCUGAUCGAUCAUAUAAAAUUGGAACAUAAUUUUGAUACCUUAAAGGUACUUAGGAAUGAAUGGAAAAAUAACGAAUUUGUGAAAAUAUACAAAUAUGAAAAUAUGUUGUCAAAAAUGGAAAAAAUAAUUAUUAACAGCAAGGUGGAAAAAAAAAAUAAAAAAAAAGAAAGCACAGCAAAAUGUGGAAACACGGAUAAAAUUUCUGGCAGAAAUUCAGGAAGAAUAAUGAAAAAUGAAGAAAGAGAAGGAGAAGAAAAAAAAAAAAAAAAACACCAAAAAAUCGCAAUGCUCUAUUUGCACAAAUGCUUAGUAAAGUCAAUCAGCAAAAGAAUGAUUACUCUCUUGUUUAAAAAAAAAAAAUAUAACAUAUGUCUUUUAAUUAUUAACAUGAUUUUAAAAAGCAUACCAGCAUAUUCAUCACUAAGAAAAAGGAUGCAAAUUUUAAAAGAAUUUUUUAAAAAAUAUGAACAGAAAUUUUUUGUGUACAAUGUUAAGGAUCUUAUAAAAGCAAAUGACGAAAUAGAAAAAGAAUUUAAAGAAAUGAUAAACGCUAUUUGUGACAUUUUGAUAAAUCUUUACAUGAACAAAAUUAAUGUGUUAAAAAAAAUUUUAAAUGAUAUCUCUACUUUUUUGAAAAGCAUCACUUAUAUACUUAAAUUCGAAAAAUACUUAAAUGAAAAAGAAUUUUAUGCAUUGAAUUUUUCAACAUUUGUACACAAACUAAACAUUUUAAUCCGUCUUUUCGAUCUUUUUAACAAUUUAAAAAAAAAAAAAUGUAAUGAUGCAAUCCAUGCACAAGAGCACAGAAAUUGCAAUGAAAAUUUGGUUCAUAAAAACGUUUCCAAUAAAGACAGGGACUCUUCAAAUAUGACAACUAAUUCGUGUUCACGUUCUAUCACUCAUGAUGGCAAAUUUAGCAAAAUGUUGACUCCUUUGUGGUGUAACAAGGUUCAUGGAAAAGAACACAUUGACCAGUCUUUAGAAAUGAAUAAAGCAAAUGAGGUGAUAAACACGCUUCACUGCAGUGGUACCAGUACUGUAGAACCAAAUGAAAAUAAAAUGAAUAAUACAUACGUCAUCACUGAUAUAGGAGAGAACGAUAAUUCAAGCAAUUUCAUUCAAAACAAAGUUAAGAAUAACGAGAUGGUUAACUUGUUCAGAAGAAUGGACGACACAGAUAUUGAUCUAACCCUCAUUGAAUUUAUUCUAAUCUUUUUUUGCGAAUUUUUUUAUUUCCUCCUAAUGCCCUGUAUAUAUUUACUUCCCUUGAUCAAUACAUGUAUAGCACAUGAUCAUUCAGCUGAUGCGUGUGAUGUACUGAACAAGAACUUACAAAUUAAAUUGUUGCAUGUGCUUUAUUACAACAAGUUAGAACUAAAAGAUUUGUAUAGCCUCCCCCAUACAUUUGCCUCAUCAAAGGUGAGGCCCCAUAAUGAAAUACCAAAAAAUAAGGGUAUACAAGAAAAAAGUGAAGAUUUUGUGGAUAAAACUGAACUGGAUAUUCAUCUAUCCAAAAAAAAAACGAUAACAAGUUUUGAAUCCGCCUAUGAGUUGCACAACAUAUGUCAAAUGGAGGACAUGGUAAUUAUAUUCCACAUUAUUCAGAGAUUUAACGCAAAAUAUAUUAACAUAUGCAGCAUGUUUAUUGAGUAUAUCCAUGCAAAGCUGAAUCUAAGUCAUCAGGGAGGUGGCAGAAAAGGGGACGCGGCGAGUCCCAAUCGGGAUCGAGAAAAUAGAAACAGAGAAAGGGAAAGAAAAAGUGAAAGAGAAAGGGAAAGAGAAAAUCGUCAACCGGACGGAAUGGCAUUGUACGAGUGGUCUAACCUCGACUGUGAAUCGUUUCAAGGAUUGUUCUACAAUUUCAUUAUUGCAAUAAUGUCUCUUUAUAAUUAUUUGAGAAUCAUACAUAUACCAUCUUCCUUUUUGAGGGGAAAAGGCGAAGUAGAAUUAUCAACAUCUAUCAAUUACAAUGAGAAAAGUGUCAGUGAUGAUGAAGAAAAUCACGUAAUCAGCACAAAUGAAAAUGGGAAUAUACAAAAUUUACAACAUGAUUCAAAAAAGCUAACUGUAUUGUGCACACCUGGAGGACGACGACAUGAUGUUCUUGAGAAGGAGGCACAACUACUCAAUCAUAAAGAAGUAGUAAUUUCUUCCCAUGCAUAUGUAAAUCAGAAUAUGGAUCAAAAAUACAAAAAUUACAUACUGGACAUAUUGGGUAACAUUAAUAUAAGAAAGAUAAUAUUUGGAAGGAGUUACAUCACGUGA